AACUAAAUCUCCCUACAUCUCAGUUGCACUUCAACUGACUGAGAAAACCAUGAAGUCUUGUGAAGCGCUUCUAAACACAAUACAAAUAUUGCUCAUCUUCCUUGCUCCACCCUUAUGUAUGUCCCUUGUCUUUGACACCAUUACACCAAACCACACCAUCAAAGACGGCGACGUUUUGCUCUCCGGCCAAAAGACCUUCGCACUCGGCUUCUUCAGCCCCGGCAAGUCCCGCAACCGCUAUGUCGGAGUCUGGUACAACAAAAUCUCAGAGAAAACCGUGGUUUGGGUCGCAAAUAGAGACAAUCCCAUCAACGACACUUCAGGAGUCUUGGCCAUCAACAGCAAAGGACGCCUCAGCAUUUAUGCAAAAUACCAAAACUCUCCUAUUUGGUCAGCAAAUCUAUCUGUCUUUACGGCAAAAACUAGUUCCACUUUCCUAGCUAAGCUUUUAGAUGUUGGAAAUCUUGUUUUGAUGAAAAAAGAUGACAGUUUUGGACAGAGCAGUGUUAUUUGGCAAAGCUUUGAUUAUCCAACGAACACUUACCUACCUUUCUUGAAGCUUGGGCUGAACCGGAAAACCGGCCUCGACCGGUUCAUAACAUCCUGGAAAUCGGCGGAUGAUCCGGGAACCGGUAAUUCUACGUACCGGAUGGACCUAACCGGAUACCCACAGUUGGUUGCAUACAAGGGUGGGGUUCCGUUUUGGCGGGCCGGAUGUUGGACAGGUCGCAGAUGGACUGGCGUACCCACGAUGAUAGGAAUGAUACACGGGUACAUCUUUAAUGUGAGCUAUACGAACAACAAAGAUGAGACAAGCAUCGUGUAUGGAAUCAACAACGACACGAAUUCAGUUUUCUCUAGGCUCGUGAUAGAGGAAUCGGGGACAGCAAGGCGGUCCACAUGGCAAGAUCAGCGUAAAGAGUGGGUCGAAUUUUGGUACGCUCCCGAUGAUCGGUGCGACAAUUAUGGGAUAUGUGGCAGAAACGGAAUGUGUGACCAAUCGGACGUAAGCCAGCUCGAGUGUGUGUGCUUGCCUGGGUUCGAACCCCAUUCGCGUGAUCGUUGGGACUUGAGAGACCCGUCAGGCGGGUGCGUGAGAAAGGGCGGGGCACACACAUGUGGAGAUGUUGAGGGGUUUGUGAAGGUGACACGUGUGAAAUUACCCGAUACAUCCAACGCACGUGGGGAAAUGGGAUUGAGUUUGAGAGAGUGUGAGGAGAAGUGCUUGAAGGAUUGCAAUUGCACGGCUUACACGAGUGUGGAUGAGACUAGGGACGGUGCUGGUUGCUUAUCCUGGCACGGAGAUUUGGUGGACAUAAGAACUUUUACGAAUACGGGACAGGAUCUAUACGUACGAGUAGAUGCAGUUACUUUAGCUCAAUACACGAAGAAGUCGAAUGGCUCUAUCAGCAAAACGGGGAAGCUUGCAAUUUUGCUAUGUUCUGUUGUACUCUUUUUUCUCUUGGUCUUCAUUGCAUAUUGGUUGGCAAAUAGAAAGAGAAUAUCAGGUAAAGAAAGGCAAAGCGGAUAUUCGUUUGGUAACACCAAACGAUCAAACUUUUCGGAAGAGGCGGAGCUUGACGAUGGUAAAACAGAUUCAGAUGUUCCAUUGUUUGAUUUACAUACCAUUGCUAUAGCCACAGCCAAUUUCUCUGCAGAAAACAAACUUGGACAAGGUGGCUUCGGCUCAGUGUACAAGGGUAUGCUAUCAAAUGGAAAGGAAAUUGCAGUGAAGCGACUAUCUAGGUGCUCUAGGCAAGGAAGUACAGAGUUCAGGAAUGAAGUUCAGCUAGUUGCAAAACUACAACACAAAAACCUAGUGAGGAUUUUAGGUUGUUGCUUCCAUGAAGAAGAGAGAAUGUUAGUCUACGAGUACUUACCAAACAAAAGCUUGGACUCUUUUAUUUUUGAUGAAGAGAAAAGGAAGUCGUUAGAUUGGAGAAGACGCUUUGACAUAAUAUGUGGCAUUGCUCGAGGGAUCUUAUAUCUUCAUCAAGAUUCAAUACUAAGAAUCAUCCAUAGAGAUCUCAAGGCAAGCAAUGUUCUACUAGAUGCUGCUUUGAACCCAAAGAUUUCAGAUUUCGGUUUGGCAAGAAUAUUUGGAGAAGACCAAAGUGAAGCAUGCACAAAUCGUGUGGUUGGAACAUAG